AUGCGCGCGGACCGCGCCGCGCUCUACGCGUGGCUCGUCUGCUGCGCGGCCGCGCUCUCUGCGCAUAAGUACAGCACGCGCGUUGUGCGCACUAAGUACGGACCUUUGCGGGGAAUAGUCGUGCACUCGCACCCGCAAGUUGAAGCCUAUCUCGGCGUGCCAUACGCCACACCGCCAUUAGGUAGUCUCAGAUACAUGCCGCCUGUAACGCCGUCUCAGUGGCGUACGACGCGGCUAGCAGACGCACCAGGGCCGGCGUGUCCCCAGGCGCCGCCCACGGCGUCCCCGCGCGACGAUGCACUGCUGCUGCACCCGCGAGCGCGCAUACGACAGCUAGAGCGACUUCUGCCGGUGCUCGCGAAUCAGAGCGAGGAUUGUCUUUACGUCAAUCUCUACGUACCUGUGAAUGGGGGUGAGGGCGACGGCGGCGGAGUAGGGUUGCCUUGCCUCGUAUUUGUUCACGGGGAUUCGUACGAAUGGAGUUCUGGCAAUGCAUAUGACGGUACAACCCUGGCGGCGCACGGCAAUAUUGUUGUAGCUACUAUCAACUUUAGACUAGGUAUAUUGGGUUUCUUAAAAACUGGUGCUAAAGGGUCUGCACAAGGGAAUUUUGGCCUUAUGGAUCUGGUAGCAGGGCUGCACUGGUUGCGGGAGAACCUGCCUGCGUUCGGCGGUGACCCAGAGAGAGUCACGCUCAUGGGUCACGGGACGGGCGCCGCACUUGCUAACUUCCUCGCGGUCUCACCUGUUGCUAGAGAACUACUGAAGCGCGUCAUCUUGUUAAGCGGGUCUGGGCUGAGCUCGUGGGCUUUGCAGAGGGAACCACUCACAAUAAAAAGAAAGGUAGCGGAACAGACAGGCUGUCACGGAGAUUUGCUAGAGGAUGAUUUAGCGCCGUGCUUACGUAACAAGCCACUGGCGGAGCUGCUUGCUGUGCGACUGGAUCCGCCACGGUUCCUGCCAGGCUUUGCACCCUUUGUCGACGGAACUGUUAUUGUUAAUCCAUCAUCUGCCCCGCCGCCGACGGACAGUUCGAGGCUCGGUGCGGGUGCUGCUGCGGUCGCUAACGCUGCUGGCUAUGAGUUGGCAGACUUUUCACACAGAGAACUAUUGUUCGGGCUUACCACCACAGAAUCCUAUCUGGAAUUUAGCGCUCAAGACUUGGAGUUCGGCUUCAACGAGAGCCGGCGGGAUCGCAUUCUUCGCACAUUCGUCCGUAACGCUUAUUAUUAUCACCUCAACGAAAUAUACUCGACCUUGAAGAACGAAUAUACGGAUUGGGAUAAACCUGUACAGAACCCACUGAGUGUUAGAGACGCAACGCUAGAAGUAUUAAGUGACGGGCGUACUGCAGCGCCGCUAAUACGACUCGGAUAUCUGCACGCUUUGCGCGGGGGCACUACUUACUUCACACAUUUUCAUCAUUUAUCACAAGAUAAGGACUAUCCUCAAAGACCAGGAUCGGUGCACGGUGAGGAGAUACCAUAUUAUUUCGGGGUGCCACUAUCACAGUCGCAUCAUCAGCAAAACGCAACGCAACAAGAGCAGAAAAUAUCUAAACUCUGCAUACACUACAUCGCUAACUUUGUUAAAUACGGUAAUCCUAACGACCCAUCGGCGACACCGCCUCCGAGCCCUAUGCUGGGCGAGUCUCCGAGACUUGGCCUCGAUCAGACGCCUUACUGGGACACAUACGAUACAAUCAACCAACUUUACAUGGAAAUCAGCAGUAAGCCGGAGAUGCGAAGCCACUACCGCGGCCACAAGAUGUCGCUCUGGCUCUCUCUGAUACCGCAGCUCCAUCGACCCGGCUCCGACCUUCCCGAUGCGGCGAUGCGACAUCACCACUUCCAAGAGGACAACGCCAAUUACUACGAAGGUGCUGUAAGACCCCAGUCGAUGUCGCGGGCGCACGUGCCGCAUCUAGUGAACCUCGACAUCGGUGUUGGUGGAGAUUCGUCUCGCAGCACUCCGCCCUCGCGCACGUCUCCGCCCAGGCCUUCUCCAGUGCCCCCAGCACCGUCCACCGAAUGUCCUCCUAAUACUACAAGCACUCCAGUUCAACCAGACGACGCGCUGCUUCGACGCCUCGCGUCUUCCCAUUAUCAAUCAUAUACAGCCGCUCUCACAGUCACUAUAGCCGUUGGUUGCUUUCUCUUACUUCUUAAUGUCCUAAUAUUUGCCGGCAUCUAUCACCAACGAGGCACCAGACCGCGCCAUUCCAAAGACGAUCUCGCGGAGGCCGGCAGUUCAUCGUCUUCCGAUAAUUACGAUGGCAAGUUGGAUUACGAAGUUCGGGCAUUCGAGGGCAAAGGUUUUGGUUUUGAUUGCAAGUCUGCUCAUGUGCCCCGCGGUUCCGGCUCUAAGUUUGACUUAAGGACGUUGUCGGAUUGUGGAGAGCCGACUUUCGGUGAGUACAGUUGUUACGACGAGAAACAUCGCGCUGCGCGCAGUUCCAUGCCUGACGUUAGUGUGGGUAGCGCUAUCGAAGCGGGGAGUGUCGUGUGCAUAGACACACAAAAACCAGAUAUACAAAAAGUAGAUGGAAGGCUGCAAGACCCGGUCGGGAGGACUAGCACUUUCGAGCCUCGCGUAGUCGACAGUUCUACGCAGGUCAAGUUCGGUCCAGAUUCAACUGAAAACACAACUGAAAAUAAUGAAUCUGAAUCGGCAGCCGCGAGUGCGUCAGGCAUUCUGCGAGUGCCUCCGACUACCGCGCCUCCCCCGCCGCCAGGCAUUAUGAAGAAAAGAGUUCAGAUACAAGAGAUAUCAGUAUGAGGGUUCCUGGAUGCCGCCGCCGAGGUAGUUGUCAAUAAACGGACAAAGUUGUGAUUAAUCAGUGUAAAUAAAAACGUAAAGUGUCCUCGUGAAUAACGUCAAUGUAACAAUAUGACCGUGUAAAUAUAUAUAAUAAUAAUAUAUUACGUUGGUUUAAAAGUGCGGGUAAUGUAUGUGUGAAACGUUGCAAUUGAAGCGCUGUCCUCUUCUUCGAAACUGUGGCUGUAAUGUUACUGAAGUAAAAAGUACGUCUUCUUUUAUCCGGUCUAUUUGCCAUUGGAUCGAGGAUGCUGGGAUAUAUUAAAAGCAGACGGUGCAGACGUCAAUAUAAGGUGAUCGAGGGCCGUAGUCACACUGUACCAAAUAUUUAUUACCUUUACACGGAAAUAAAUAUUUGGUUUAAAAUUGUAUGGUUACUUUGUAGAGUAUUUUAUUUCCCAUUUUAUGUUCUCGUAUCUCAAAUAAAACCAACGUUAACUACGGUAAGCAUAUUUGCGUAUUUUCAGUUGUUUAAAUUACUAAUGUUCGUGUGGAUUUUCAUUAUUAAUCUUUAAUUUUAAACUACACUUACACAGUUGCCAUUGCAUAUAGUAAAAAGGAAUUGUAGAACCUUGUGAAUAUAUUCGUAUAUUAUGAUAAAUGUGAAUAUAACAAUAAUUUAGUGACAAAAGACUUAAGGACAAACCCGCAUUAGAUGUACAUAACAAUAUCAAACGAAGUGUUUCAGGUAAUUAGUGUAAAAGUAAUGUAAGACGACAUCGUUUUAAAAAAAUUGUGUACGUUGUAAUUUUUUGUAUAGUUACUUUUAAGUGAGGUGUAUUCAUUUUGAGUAGUUUUUGAUAAGUAAAUAUUGAAAACUUAAAUGGACGAGUACCAUCCAACCAUUCGAUUAUCAUUCCCAAUAUAUUAUAGACCACACAAUUAUUUCCGGCCAUAACGUCGUUUAAAGGUAAUCAGGGUAAUAGACCACGGUCUUUUACGUUUAUAUGCUAACGCGAAACGCAUUAUCUUUUUUGCGUAAGAGAAUAUUUAUACAUUAAUGUCAACCUGCCUUGCGUUUAUCCAAAAGUUAGUGCAAUUACCUAUAAUAAAAAAAUCGACCCACGUUUUUUCAAGUCGAACGGCAUAAGUCAUUGUAAUUAGUGGCUCUUACGAACAUUGGGGCCAAAGGCAUUCGUCCAAUGUGUACACAAUAUUGUUGAUAUCUUCAUAUCGUUGGUGUCUACUAUGUGCAUACCUUCCGAGAAAAUUUACGCACGAAGAUUUGGCCUGGGGAAAAUUAAAUUCUCGGUUACAGCUAACAUACGAAUACUUUUAGCUACCCAUUUCACGUAAUAGGAACAUUUAUAUGAUUCGAUAUUUGUGUCUCGGACCUGCCUAUAGGUAUCGUUGUAUGUCCUAAAAUUUUACAAAUCUAAUAAAAAUUACAUUGAUUCGAGCCUUAAAUAGGUGUAGUCGAGACGAGGAAAAAACAUGGAUAUUACAAAAUCGUGCCGCAUUUUCGUAUAUCGAACAUAAAAUUGUUUCUAUCUGUAACAUCCAUUUCAUAUUUGUGAGAGAAACAAAACAUUUAUCGAGAGGAAAAGGACGAGGACAAAUAUUUGUAGUCGUAGUACAUAUUAUAUUGACUGGGUUUGUUGUUUACUGGCUUUCAUUUAGAAACUUGUUACUUUAUAGGCCGAUGAAAGAUAGAAGCUAUUUAUUCUUUUUCUUUUCUCUCGAAAAUUGGUUAAUAAGGAUAAAUUUUAAUUACGCCUCUUUGGAAACGUUCGACGAACGAAUAAAUCUUGAUUGAUACCCUAUUAUUUGGUAAUAAAUCAUCAAAAAGGUAUAUUGAAUAAUAGUCAUUGGAAUAUUAUACCAAAUACGAAAAUAUUGGGUUUCAUAUUUAGAAGUUCUCACAAAUCAACUUUCCACUAGUUUUUUAGAGUGUUAAAUAACAGUAAGAGAUCAGAAGCCUGAUGUAUGUGGUUUCCUUUGCCUGCCAAGUCGCAAAAAUUAAUCAGGUAUAGAAAAAGAAACUUCAAAAUUAAUUUGCGUGAUGGUUCAUAUUAUGCAAAAAUAACAUUGUAAAAUGCUGUUCAUGUACUCGUCCAUGUUUUUUAUCUUCACAGGAAUUGACGAUUAACUAUGGUGAGUGAUUAAUAAUUAAAUACUUUACGCCAUUUUCCACAUUGUGACAAAAUGUGAUUUUAACGUCACAGUUUUUUUACAGUUGUAAUCUUGAAUUGAAUGCUUAGUAGGGUAUGUAUUUGUGGAA